AUGGCGCAGCCGAGCUUCAUCCCGCUGCUCGACCUCCCCCCUCCCGCCCCCAACAUCUCGCUGGCGCCGCCCAAGGCGCGGUUCCUGCCCGGCGACGCCGUGUCCAUCGCCUGCGCCGCGCGCCGCGCCGCCCGGCGCGCCGACCGCAUCAGGGCUUCCGCUUCGCCCGGCACCGCGGGCUGGGCCAGCGACGUGCGCACCUCUCGCGCCCGCGGCCGUCCUCACCGUCGCGCUUCGCCGGGGCCCGGCGACGGCGGCUUCCACACCUGCUCCUACAGCGUGCGGCGCCGCGGCGGCCGCCUCGUCCACUCGCCGCCCAGCCGCGCCGUGCUCGUCGACGUCCGAGACCUCCCGGCCCCGCCCAACCUGACGGUCACGCCCUCCGCCCUCACCGUGCGGGGCCAGCCCCUCCUCUUCCUGUGCGCCGCCCCGCCCGGCCACGCCCCCCGGCGGCGCUUCCGCUUCUUCCGCGGGGAGCUCGAGGUGUCCGAGGGCAUGGCGGAAGGUUCCGGAAGAGCCCGGAUGAGGGUGGAGAGCAGCGGGCGGAACCAGACCGGGAACUUCAGCUGCAGCUACGAGGAGGAGAUGGCCGAGGGGCGCUGGAUCGCUCCUACGCCAGCCAGGCCGUGCCCGUGGUGGUGGAAGGUGAUUUUUGGGGUGAAACCG